CCUUGCAUAACAAUGAUAAACAUACAAUUAAAAAUCGUUCACAAUAAGAAAAAUAUAAAUUUUGAGAAAAUUACCUGUACCAGUAGAGACAAUCAAUGCAUUCCUAAAGGAACCAGCCUUCUAUUGGGUAUAAUGACAAUGCAAAAUGAUGCUGAAUAUUUUCCGGAACCCCACAGAUUUAUACCGGAAAGAAACGAGGUUCCCCAAAAUAACUUUGUUUUCGUUCCUUUCAGUGCUGGCCCGAGAAAUUGUAUUGGACAACGUUUUGCUAUGUUAGAAAUGAAAGCUUUCCUAGCUAGAACCAUGCAAUUCUAUGAACUAUUGCCUUUGGGCGAAGAUGUCGAACCAACCAUAAGCGUGGUAUUGAAAUCUAAAAAUGGAUGGCAAAUGGGAUUUAGAAAAAGGCACUAAAUUUACACAAUAAAAUGAUUUGAUUUCAAUUAACUAA